AUGACUGCCUACACUAUGGACUCGAAGAAUCCAGCCGACUUCCAGGCAGAGGUCAACCAACUAUCAGAAAAGGAAAUGGAAAUCCUCAGAUCUUCCGCGGCAUCAGACACAGACAACGAGGAGGAGGCGCCCCCACCUGCAUACUCAGAUUCCACCGCCGCUACUAUUCCUCGCGAUGGGACACAGGAUUUCACACCCGGACGCUCACUCUUCAUCAACUCUCGUGGAAUCGGCUUGAUCCGUUUCCCGCUCCCAUCAUCAGAGUUGGAGAUCGGCGUCCACCACCCAGACGGAACUCUGGCGUACGUCUCGACGAGAGAGAAACGCUGUUCAGGAGAUUCAAUCCUAUCGUCACCAAAGCUAGGCAAUUUGCUAAGCACUUCAUACUUCUUUGGGCCCGGUCGCAACCCUAUCAUUCGCCAGCUUUAUCCAACCGCAUUUAAUGCCAAUGGUGAUAACAGCAACAACGACAUUAGCGUGGCUGGGAAAUUCAUUUCACGAAAUGCAUGGUUCGAAAUGCCUGAUGGUGCCAAAUUUGAAUGGCGAUAUAUUCGGCUAGGCUAUGAUGGAGGCGGCAGAUCGAAGCUUCUUAUUCUCGAGAAAGUAGAAGGAGAGGGUGAGGGAUCCCGCAAGAGGGUUGCACAACUUCUUCGCACCAAGGAGACCAUCCCAGAGGGAAGCUCUAAGCAUAGAGCUGGCUGUGGCGGGGAGUUGACCUUGGAUCAAGAUGCUCAUCUCGAGCUCGACGAAGCUGUUAUUGUGGGUACCUGCCUUUUGGUGUUGAAGAGGGAGGUUGAUCGCAGGAGGGCUAUUCAAAUGAUGGUUAUGGGUGGUGCUGCUGCUGGUGGUAGUUAA